UUUAAUUAUUACUAACAUUUCUAAUUAUUGUAAAACAUUUCUGAACGAGUGAAAGAUUCUGAACGCAUGAUGUGUGAAAGGGACGGAUGUAGCUCUAGUUCGCUCUCUCGCACGACGCCGCCAUUAGGAGUAAGACGUGUUCAAAGUGCUCUCUAAGAAUUAAAUAAAAAGUAUAGUGAAACCCUAGAAAAGAGUAUUUCAUUUAGACCCACACCUACAAUUUCUCGCCCGGGAUACUCAGGAAUAUCAGGGUCUAAAUGAUUUAACGUAUCUACGCAUAUUUUACGAAGUUGUCGCGUGGUGUGAACAACGCCGCGGCCGCCAUACUUAACCUGCGCCGACGCCACGCCGCCGGUUACAUUUUUCAAAGACGAAAGACGCAUUUAUACGACGAUAUACGACGAUUCUGCACGAUGGCGGAGAGCAAAAACGACGAUAGCAAGAAUUUAUUUUACACGAUGGACGCUGUGCCAAAGUUCACGGGUGAUGACAUCACGUACUCUUCUGCGAAGUGGACACAAGAUCUCGACGAUAAUGCCGAUAUAUUUGGGUGGAGCCAGCAGCAGAAACUCAUUAUAGCGCGACGAUGUUUAGCUGGAACAGCAGAAUUAUGGCUAAAAAGCGAAAAAACUUUCAGAAGUUACGAAGAACUAAAAGUGGCUUUGAUGAAGGAAUUCCCUGAGGUGAUAAACAGUAAACAAAUGCAUGAGACAAUGAGCAGACGGAAAAAACAACCCAAUGAGUCGUUUUAUCAAUAUAUGCUCGUAAUGAAAGAACUCGGAAAAAGAGCUAAGUUUCCGGAUUACGUCGCGAUUCAGUAUAUAAUCGACGGAAUAUCUGACUAUGAAUCUAACAAGUUGUUAUUCUACGGGGUAACGUCGUAUUCUGUGCUCAAGGAGAAAUUAGUAUUAUAUGAAAGUUUCAAAGAGAAGUCCAAAAAAAGUGUUGAUACCAUGAGACGAGGUCAGCGAGACACGGCGGUAAUGCCUAGACAGGUUCAUCGAUGUUACAAUUGUGGUGAAAGAGGGCACCUAUCUAGUUCCUGCCGCAGAGGUAUCAAAUGCUUCAAGUGCAACGGGUUCGGGCACAAGGGUACGGAGUGCCGCGCAUCACAAGGUAUGGAAGCUAAAAAAGCAUCAAAUAAUUAUUAUGGAGGAGGUGAUGAACAAGAUCGGCGAUCUAUGUUUGUUCGACAGCAGGAGGACGACGAGAAGAACGAGAACGAACUAUACGAACGUGAGCAAUGCGAUUUAAAAGAGCAAGUGAGUGAUAUGCCAAAUUUUAGUUGUCAACAACUAAAUCAUAUUGUUUCGUCAAAUUUAUUAAAUGUAAACAAACGUGAUUCUAUAAACAUGAGUGUAAAAUCAGUAAAAGUUGGUAACUAUGUGACUAAUUGUUUAAUUGACACAGGUAGCGACUUAAAUUUAAUAACUUUUGAUUUGUUUACAAAACUAAAAUGCGAGUACAUACCAGAAAAAAUGUUGCUUACUGGGUUAGGAAGUUCUAAAGUAUAUUCGAUUGGUAAGUUCGACACAGAUUUAACUAUUGACAGUCACAGAUAUAGUAUUAAUUUGUAUAUUGUACCUACAGGUGGAAUACCAUAUGAUGUAAUACUGGGUCAACAAUUUUUAGUAAAUACUAUCACAGUUAUUGACAAGGGUUUGGUUGAGGUCAGGCCUCCUUGUUAUGACAUAUCGUAUCAAAAUGCUAUCUGUCUAUCUUCUAGUAGCAAUGACCAGUGUACAGCGGUGAGGGAAAUUAUUGACAGUUACACACCUUUGAAGACUAAAGAUGCACCUAUCAGGCUGAAGAUUGUGUUGAAGGAUGAUGUACCAGUUUCACAAAGACCAAGACGACUAGCCAUCACUGAAGAACAGUUAGUUAAGCAGCAUGUUGAUGCAUUGAGCAGAAACAUACUUUUCACUGACCGAGGUACAGCAUUCACAGGCAGUGAGUUCCGAGAAUAUUGUGAAGAAGAAGACAUCGAACAUGUUACAAUCACUACUGGAAUACCUCGUGGAAAUGGCCAAGUAGAACGCAUGAACAGUAUUAUUAUUUCUGCGUUGACAAAGAUGUGUAUUGAAGAACCUGGUCACUGGUACAAAUAUACAAGCAAACUACAACAAGUGAUAAACAGCACAUACCAGCGGGCAAUCUGUACUACGCCAUUCGAACUGUUAACAGGAGUGAAACUUAAACUGAAAGAAGAUUUAUCAAUUUUAGAAUAUUUAGAAGAAGAAAAUAGAUUGCAAUUUAUGAAUAGGAGAGAAGAAGCACGAAGAGAAGCCAAAGCUCAAAUUUUAAGAAUGCAAGAGGAGAAUAGAAAGACUUAUAAUAAACGACGUAAAGUAGGAGAAAUGUACAAGGUUGGAGAUCUUGUAGCUAUUCAAAGGACACAAUUUGGGAACGCCCUAAAAUUGAAACCUAAAUUUUAUGGACCAUAUCGCAUCACUAGGGAAAUGGGGAAAGGUCGAUAUGAGGUCGAAAAAAUAGACAGAAGCAAAGAUGGGCCAGUACGAACUACAUCAGCAUUAGAUUUCAUGAAGAGGUGGCCUUGACUCAAUCUAACUCUGGUCUGAGUGUUUAGGUGCAUUGUAACACUACACUGUUUGUUUAUUUUAGGUUGAUCUAGUAUUUACAUUGCUCAUUUUGUUAUUGAAUAAGUAACUGUGAAUAAUUAUCAUGCAUUGCUGUUCUCUGUGUCAUUGUAACUUGUUUGCCUCUAAACUGAUAGUUUAAACCUACUGUUUUUGUUGUGUUAUGUACUAAGUAAGAGUAAUUACUAUUUGUUUUAUUAGCUGUGUGCAGAGUUAUAGCAUGAUUGUUUGUAAUAGGUAGUAUAAGGUUUAACUAAAAAUAUUUUUGUAGCGUUAUUAUUGUGUAAAAAUGUUUAGAAAAAAAAAAUUUGCAUAGUAGUAGUAUUAGGUAAAUUAAGGUAAAGUUAGAGAUUUUAUUUUUGUUAUUUUUAUUUUUAAUUCAUAAGAACUAUUUUAUUAUCUCAGUACUUUCAGUCUGAGGCCAGACUGAUGUGCAGGAAGGCCGAGUUGUAGGAUUUAAUUAUUACUAACAUUUCUAAUUAUUGUAAAACAUUUCUGAACGAGUGAAAGAUUCUGAACGCAUGAUGUGUGAAAGGGACGGAUGUAGCUCUAGUUCGCUCUCUCGCACGACGCCGCCAUUAGGAGUAAGACGUGUUCAAAGUGCUCUCUAAGAAUUAAAUAAAAAGUAUAGUGAAACCCUAGAAAAGAGUAUU